AGCACUACACUUUCAACAGUGCGCCGAGACGCGUGUGUCUGUCGAUAUAAAUAUAUUUAAGACGAUAUAGAAAGAAUGAAACAGAUAUCCUUGGAUGAAGAGUAUGAAAAGGAUACGGGGAUAACGCCGCAGGAUAUCGCGGAGCUACGACAAUGGCUUCAAACGCAGCCUCAUUUGCCCGAAAAAUAUAUAACAGAUCUCGACCUCAUCCUAGCAUAUCAUUGCUGCCACAACAGUUCAGGUCUAACGAAGCAAGUUUUAGACUUGAAUUUAACGCUACGGACACUCUUCAAUAACAUCUUUAAGGAUCGUUAUAAUGAUCGAAUCGAAAAAUUGAUGUCAGACCUAUUGCUCACACCGCUAUCGAUGCGAACGAAGGAAGGCUAUGUCAUUCUCUAUACUCGUCUCUUGAGCAACGAUCCAAAGGUCUUCCAUUUUGGUGAUGCAGUAAAAGCAGUGCUCAUGGUCAUUGAAUUGUAUCAGUAUGAAGAGGGUACGUGGCCAGGAAUGCUUCUUACGGUUGACUUUAAAGGCGUGAGUCUCGCUCAUCUCGCGAAAAUCGAUUUGUUCAGUUUACAACAUUUUCUGUACUAUCUUCAGGAAGCAAUACUUUUGAGACUAAAAGGAAUGCAUUUUAUGAACGCGCCACCAUUUAUCGACAAGUUGCUGCUGAUGAUGAAACCUUUUAUGAAGAAAGAGCUGAUGGACAUGUUACACAUCCAUACUGCUGAUUCUAAGAACCUAAAAGAUUACUUUCCUAUCGAGGCACUGCCAAACGAUUCUGGUGGCAACGCUGAAAGCAAUGAAAAACACAAAGAUAUGGUUUUGGCGAAAUUAAGAGCUUACAAGCCAUAUUUUGAGGAAGAGAGUAACAAGCGAGUAACAGAAUCUCUAAGGCCGGGAAAACAGAAGACUAUAUCAGAUAUAUUUGGAGGGGUCGAAGGGUCUUUCAAAAAGUUAGAAAUUGAUUAAAAUUUAAGAAUAAAUUCUGGAAGUGUUGAAACCAACCAAUCAAAUUUUUAUAUUUGAAUUAAAC